AUGCGGACAACGCUUCGCUGGGACUGCGCCUGGCUUGAGGUUUAUUUUGGUGCCGACAUCGUGGGCGAUUUCGUGCCGAACAAGUGUUUCGUGAAACAGAAGUCUGCUUGUCUGCACCCGAUAUGGGUCCCAAAGGGAGCGAAGAGGUCCGCGGAUGGAUUUGCUUCUUGGGCGGCCCUGGCUGCCGCAGAUGACGAUGACGAUCCCGACGACCUCGGAGGGGAAGUUGCUGUCGAUGCAGCUGCAGAGUCGGACGAGCCCGACCCUGAGGGCGACGAGCUGGCGGCUGAGAGCGAACCAGGAGAUAGCGCAGGCACUGAGACUGGCGGCAGCGUAUUGUCAGAUGACAUCUCCGACGGCGGCGGGGGCCUGCCAGCUCACAUCGUUGUUCUUGUGCCUGGCCUCGGGCGGAUCAGCUAUUACGACACAUUUGAUCGGAAGUACUUCGUGGCCAACUGCGCGGACCCUGAUCACGUCUGCCACUUGCCGUGCCACACCACUCGCGUGUCCACGCCAGGGCACAAGAAGGGUCAAGGCCGCCCGCUCGGGUGGAUGAUGUCGUGGCUGGAGCGGCAGGGCGGCCUUGCGGCUGCCAGGGCCGCGACGCGGCAUGACCAUGUGCACGGCGGCUGGAGGCCCACGUUCGAGGAGCGCCGCGCGGCCAGAGAGCGGCUCGCUCUGUUGCCUGGCGGCCUUGCGUUGAUUGCAGAGGAGUUCGUUCCUCCAGGCCAGGAUCCUGGAGCAGAGCCUACCGAGUUCGUGUAA